UCUGCGCUUGCGUAGAAGACGGUCGUCGCUCGUCUUCCUUUUGUGGCAGUCCGCGCGUGGGCCUGAGAACUGUAGAGGAAGGCGUUGCAAGAGGAGAUGGCGCUGCACGUCCCAAAGGCUCCGGGCUUUGCCCAAAUGCUGAAAGAAGGAGCGAAGCAUUAUUCAGGAUUGGAGGAGGCAGUGUUUCGAAACAUUCAGGCUUGUAAAGAGCUUGCUCAAACAACUCGUACAGCCUAUGGACCGAAUGGAAUGAACAAAAUGGUUAUCAAUCAUUUGGAAAAGCUUUUUGUUACUAAUGAUGCUGCUACAAUUUUAAGAGAGUUAGAGGUUCAGCACCCUGCUGCAAAAAUGAUUGUCAUGGCUUCUCACAUGCAAGAGCAAGAAGUUGGUGAUGGCACAAAUUUUGUUCUUGUUUUUGCUGGAGGUCUCUUGGAACAUGCAGAAGAACUACUAAGAAUGGGACUUUCUGUUUCAGAGGUGAUUGAAGGCUAUGAAAAAGCUUGUAAAAAAGCACUAGAGAUUCUCCCUGAUCUAGUGUGCUGCUCUGCAAAAAAUCUUCGGGACACUGAAGAAGUGGCAUCUUUGCUGCAUACUUCGGUAAUGAGUAAACAAUGUGGCAGUGAAAUGUUUCUGUCUAAGCUGAUUGCGCAGGCAUGUGUAUCUGUUUUUCCUGAGUCGGGCCAUUUCAAUGUCGAUAACAUUCGAGUGUGCAAGAUCUUAGGUUCUGGUGUUUGUGCCUCUACAGUAUUGCAUGGCAUGGUUUUUAAAAAAGAAACUGAAGGUGAUGUUACAUCUGUCAAAGAUGCUAAAAUAGCUGUAUAUUCAUGUCCUUUUGAUGGUAUGAUAACAGAGACCAAGGGAACAGUAUUGAUCAAGAAUGCAGAAGAACUAAUGAAUUUCAGCAAAGGAGAAGAGAACUUAAUGGAGUUGCAAGUCAAGGCCAUUGCUGAUGCUGGAGCAAAUGUUGUCGUAUCUGGUGGAAAAGUAGCAGAUAUGGCCCUUCAUUAUGCUAACAAAUACAAUCUCAUGGUAGUCAGGCUGAAUUCUAAAUGGGAUCUCAGGAGACUAUGUAAAACAGUUGGUGCUACAGCCCUCCCGAGACUGACACCACCUAAUCAAGAAGAAAUGGGUCACUGUGAUAAUGUCUAUUUGUCAGAAGUUGGAGAAACACAAGUAGUUGUGUUUAAACAUGAAAAGGAAGAUGGUGCCAUUUCUACUAUAUUAGUUCGUGGUUCUACAGACAAUCUCAUGGAUGAUGUAGAAAGAGCUGUUGAUGAUGGUGUCAAUACAUUCAAAGUACUCACACGGGAUAAGCGCCUUGUUCCAGGAGGUGGUGCAACUGAGAUUGAGUUGGCUAAGCAGAUCACUUCAUAUGGAGAGACAUGUCCAGGUCUUGAUCAGUAUGCUAUCAAGAAAUUUGCUGAGGCAUUUGAAAUAAUACCCCGAGCCCUGGCAGAAAAUUCUGGCAUUAAGGCAAAUGAACUCAUUUCCAAACUUUAUGCAGUACAUCAAGAAGGCAACAAAAAUGUUGGGUUUGAUAUAGAGGCUGAAACUGCAGCUGUGAAAGAUAUGUUGGAAGCUGGUGUAUUGGACACAUACCUUGGCAAACAUUGGGGUAUUAAGCUGGCGACACAUGCUGCAGUAACUGUCUUAAGAGUUGAUCAGAUCAUCAUGGCAAAGCCAGCUGGUGGGCCCAAGCCUCCAUCAGGGAAGAAAGAUUUGGAUGAUGACCAAAGUGACUGACCACAUAAUGUUCCUGAGCAGACUGUGUUUUAGAGUUGUUCACUUAAAUUAUGAGACUAAUCUAUUAGAAGCGUGUCUUAUACCACUACUUCAAUAAAGUGUUUCCACCUGUUCUGAGGUAUCUUACCA